GCUUUAAUUUAAUGAAUGACUGUGACACUCGUAGAAUUACAAUAUGCAUUUGCAUUGCAGCAUGGAAAAUAAUAUAUUGAAAAGAGUAAACUUUUAAAUACUAAGUCUGAAAUUAAAAAAUAUUAAAAACUUAAACAUUUGUUAAUAAGUUAUUAAAAAUAUUCCAACCAUUUUGUUGUAUUCAUUAAGAAAUAUUGCAAGGGCAACAUUAAAUAAAUGAAGAAAAAAUAAUCACGGGCAUAAAAGAAAUGAAAUAGUGUGAAAAUGUUCCUAUGAGCUAUUACGUAAAAAAGUCUCAAAAAUUAAAUAAAAAAAAUACUGAAUUCAUUUUUUGUACUUAAGAACAUGAGUCAAAAUGUGAAUUCGACUGGCUCUGCGACGGAAAAGAAAAUAGGUUAUUCAAGCGAAGCUGAAUUAUUAAAAGAGUUUAAGCAAUUCUUGACUGUUCAUCCCACCUCAAAGGAUACUGCCGCGAACUACCUCUAUCAUUCUCUAGUAGACGAUAUGAUUUUAGGACUUGUUUUGGAAGUUCAUCAUGCUUGGCGUCUUGGUUUAUUGGACGAUGCUUUAGAGGAACAGUCUAAGAAUUGCGCACCAUAUUCGGGAGAAAAUUCUUCUAUAUUUAAUGUUUUUGAUCGUAAUCCUCCAACAAAAAAGUCUACCGAGUGUAUAUGUUCUCAUUGUGGAAGAACUGUUGCGGCAUCAACGUUUGCUACGCAUUUGCAAAGAUGUAUGGGCAUGCAACCAUGUCGGCAGGCAUCCAGGUUAACUAGACAGAGAUUAGCUACGCGAGAAGGAACAACCUAUUAUGGAACUCAUGCUAGUGAUGAUGAUGAUGACGAAGAAAUAUCAGAGAAGCGUAAACGAAGAAAUAAUUCUAAUGUUAAAUCAAAUGGUAAAAGAAAUGGAAAAACUUCAUGAAAAUAGGACACAAUUUUAAUUUUAUUUUUGAAGAUUUAGUUUUAAUUUUAGUUAUACAUACAUAAAAAAAAACUGAUAAAUAAUUAUAACAUUAAAAAAUUAAAGUUGUAUAUAAUAUUGUUUAACAAAAAGCAAGUGAUGAUGUGUGAAACUUUACAUGUAAAGAGUAAAACAAAAAAAAAACAUUAGUUUAAUACGCAUAAGAUUCUUUAUCAUAAGAUAAUCAAAUCUUUAUUUAAUUUUUAUUCAAAUAUAAAUUAGAUUUUAAUGAUUGAGUGAUAAAUAACGAUAUUACUUCAUAGAAUCAUUCUUAAAUCAUAAGUUCUUAGAAUCUUGAAAUUUUUAGAAUCGUUCAAAUUCAAUAUUAUUCUCAAUAUUACAAUGCAUAUACAUAUAUUAUUUUAUAUACAUACAUAUGAACCUGAUAGUAAAACAAAAAUUACUAAUUUUUUGUUAAAAACUGUAUACAAAAUAUGCACACAUAUUCUAAUGAAAUAGUCUUUAUUCAUUUACGACUGGAUAUGCUUUUUUAUAAUUAAGAGUUCCCAAGAGUAACCAUCCAAUUUUUGAAUUUUUCCUAAAAAUAUUAGAACUAUAAUGUUAUGUAAAACUAAAAGAAUUAUCAAUUAUAGCCAACUUUGCACCAUCAUGUUUUUCAAUGGUAAUUGUAAACAGCUGAAAUAUUAGUAACUAAAACAGUAUAUUAUGAUAUUUUAAAAGUUUAAUAUUUCAAGGUAUUAUAAGCACAACAAAAUAAAACUCGCCACUGAAAAAAUUUAAUAUUGGACAAAUUAAAUUGAUUUUCUCAUUUUUCUACCAAACUUUGAAAAUUUUCACAAAAAGUUUUUCAGUUAAAUGGCCAAAUAUUGUUAGCAAAAGAAAGAAAAAUCAAUUAUAUGUUCAACGUCAACGUUUACGAAAGAGUCAAAGGUGUGUUAAAAUUGUAUUUGGAAACGUGUAAACUUAACAAGGACCUACAAAUAUGAAACAAAUAGAAGGAAAUUAAAACAAUAUGAAAUUUAAAAUUAUUGGUUUUGACCAUAAAUGGGAUAACCAAAACUGAUUUAUAUAAUGUAAUAUGCGUAUUAUAUGAUGCGUAUUAACGCAUCUUUGAAUUUAUCCAAAUAGUGUGUAAAUAUUUUUAUGUUGGAUAACUCAAAAUUAAAUAUGAAAAUAAAAUGCACGAAAAAAAGUAAGCAUUUUAAACUAUUUUUAUUCUAUAAAGGCACUUGUAAUUGUCGUCAUUUUUUAUUUGGUGAAUAAAAAAUGCUACUACAGCCCUUUGAUCAUUAUUGGUGUUUUAAAUAUAAAUAUAAAUUAUUAAAAUUAAUACCAAAAAUAACUCAUAUUAAAACAAUACUUAUAAUAAAAAUUAUAAAAUAAAGAAACAUUUUAUAUAUAGCUGUAAAAAAAUAAAUUCAAUAAUUUGA